AGAGCUUCAAGUCCGUUUUGGCCAGCUCUGGCAUUUUCAAACCAAGGUGUCUGGCUGUCUAUCUGUUCUUCUGUCUGUCUGUUUGCCUGCCUGGCUGCUGGAGCCUUCUCCUGUGCUAUCCCUACCUUGCAGAAGGACAGACCUGCUCCUCACAAUUUGGGACAUCUCAUCAUGCAUACACAGGGUCUCAGCAAUUUCUUACUGCUCGCUUCAUCCCUUUUCUUCACUGUAUCAUCAGCUGUUUCCCAAGGUUUCUCACCAUCCCUGAGGAGCGGGCCAGGUGCUACCUGUAGGUUGUCCCGGGCGGAGGCAGAACGCAGGUGCCGAGCACCGGGACAGCCACCGGGAAGUCAGCUGUGCAAUGGCCGAGGCCGCUGUGACUGCGGGGUGUGCAUCUGUCACGUGACGGAGCCCGGCAUGUACAUGGGGCCUCUCUGCGAGUGCCAUGAGUGGGUGUGUGAGACCUACGACGGGGAGACCUGUGCAGGCCAUGGAAAGUGUGACUGUGGCAAGUGUAAGUGUGAUGAAGGAUGGUAUGGUGAAGCUUGCCAAUAUCCAACUAAUUGCAACCUUACAAAGAAAAAAAGUAAUCAGAUGUGUAAGAAUUCUCAAGAUACCAUCUGUUCUAAUGCAGGUACAUGUCACUGUGGCAGAUGUAAGUGUGAUAAUUCAGAAGGAAAUGGACUAGUUUAUGGUAAAUUUUGUGAGUGUGAUGAUAGAGAAUGCAUAGAUGAUGAAACUGAGGAAAUGUGUGGAGGCCAUGGAAAGUGUUACUGUGGAAACUGUUACUGUGAGGCUGGUUGGCAUGGAGAUAAAUGUGAAUUCCAGUGUGACAUCACCCCCUGGGAGAGCAAGAGAAGAUGUACAUCUCCAGAUGGCAAAAUCUGCAGUAACAGAGGAACAUGUGUGUGUGGUGAAUGCUCGUGCCAUGAUGUAGACCCAACAGGAGACUGGGGAGACAUUCAUGGGGACACCUGUGAAUGUGAUGAAAGAAACUGUAGAACAGUCUAUGAUAGAUAUUCUGAUGACUUCUGUUCAGGUCAUGGGCAGUGUAACUGUGGAAGAUGUGACUGCAAAGUAGGCUGGUCUGGGAAGAAGUGUGAGCAUCCCCUUUCCUGCCCAUUGUUUGCUGAGGAUAGCAUCAAGAAGUGCCAAGGAAGCUCCGAUUUGCCCUGCUCUGGAAGAGGUCAGUAA